AUGCCCAAAAGAAGUCCCAAAGAGUUAUGCGAUGAUGUACAACAAGCUGUUCAAAUAUUGGAUCUAUUUACAAAUACAGCAAAGAAUAAAGAUUUAAAAGCACUUAUACCACAAGUAAUAUUACAAAAUGCUCAUGGACUGCUCUUCAUACGAUUGAUUCGUGUCGGUAUGGCACUUUCUGUCAAAGGCGGAACAGGCAUCAUCAUUGCAAGACUUCCUGACGGCAGUUGGUCAGCGCCUUCAGGAAUAUCUAUCUCAUCUUUUGGGCUAGGCCAAAUGUUUGGAGGAGAAGUGAUUGACUCAAUUAUUGUGAUGAAUUACCGGGCCGCAGUCAAAGCAUUUGUUGAUGGCGGGGGCCAGCUGAGUUUGGGUGUUGGUGUAUCUAUUGCCGCUGGUCCUUAUGGCCGAAGUGCGGAUGUAUCAACUUCCAUGUCUAGAGAUCACAUCGCUGCCACCUAUUCCUAUAGUUCAUCCAAAGGUUUCUAUUUUGGUUACUCAAUGGAAGGAUCCAAAAUUUCAGAAAGAGUUGGAACAAAUACGGCAUUUUAUGGACGAACCAUCAGUGCUCGAGAGAUCUUGACUGGUGCUGUUCCCCCGCCGGCCAUAGCAGAGCCAUUAUAUAAUAAACUAGAAGCAUUAGGCGCCGGAAGAAAAGUACAACGUAUUUCUUAUAUGGCUCCACCGGUACCGCCAGCACAAGUACCAUCAGCCCCAAGAUUCUCACUUCAGCGUCAUAGAAGCGAUGUUGAAGAUGCACCACCUUCCUAUGAUUCCGUCAUACGCGAUGAUCAGUCUCGACUGAAUACGUCAGAUUAUGCUAGUUCAUUCCAUACUAGAUGGAGCAAGCCUCUACCAUCCCCUCAGCCAAUAUCAAAUAACAUUAUGCCAUACACCAAUGAUAUCAAGCAUCGUCCAAACACAGCAAUAACUCAUGAUAAUUAUUCUCCUGGGCCUUUUUUUGCCAAUGAGACUAAGCAUCUUUCUGGACCAACUACUUAUGACAGCCAUUCUUUUGUCAAUAAGACUAAGCAACCUUCUGGACCAACUACUUAUGACAGCCAUUCUUUUACAUCACCUUUUGAAAAGGCUACUACUAUUACUACUGCUAGUACACCGUUGCAUCAAGGUGCAUUAGAACACACAACCAAUAGUAAUAACGCGCCAUUCUCUCUAGUGAUAGCCAAAUAUGACUAUUCAGCAACACGACCUAAUGAUCUGUCUUUUUCAGCAGGAGAUCAUAUAAUUGUUACCAAAAGAUUACCCGAUAGAAAUUGUUGGUGGGAAGGAGAAAUAGGUAAUAGGCGAGGCUUUUUCCCUGCAAAUUACACAGAAGACUGUGAUUAA